AUGCUCCGUGCCUGGCUGUGCCUCGGGUGUGCGCUCGCGGUCCUCGCCGCUGGCGCCAAUGACACCGGCAGCUGCGCCACGUCGCAGCCGGACGCGCCGUGCGACGCCAAUGCGACGGCGUCGAAUCAUACCGACGUCGCUGCCUCUGCCGAUACCACAGACGUGCCGCUGAAUACCACGCCGGCAUUCUCCACCACAACAGAGUCGCCGUUAGACACGGUCGCCACGGCGCCAUCACCACCACCGCCAGUCCGUGGUGAAAUUUGCUUCUGCGACUUAACGGCGGGCGUGUGCGACGUGAACUGCUGCUGCGACGGCGACUGCUCGAGCGAGGACCGGAGGGUGUUCUCCAGCUGCAAGGACGCCGAGCCGGAGCCCAGGGACGACCACCGCUGCCCCCGGCCCCUCACCCUGUACCGCGACAACGCCCCGCAGCUCUUCUGCGUCGUGGCGGAGAACCUGCCCAGGACCUUCCAGUACCCGGACAGGCAGACUGUCAAAAGUUCAUCGGAAUUCUCUAAACUGCACGGUUUGACGCGGUCCUUCGGCUGGCCAGCAGUGGAAGCAGAAUCUGAGCUGCCGUUGUUCGAGCCACCAUUUACGUACAGAGACGGCGGGAUCGUGUGGAUCUCGAAGGAUUCCGAACUGUUACCGCUUAGUGUUCCCGUCGGCGUGACGCACGCGGCCUGCCAGACGACCAGACAAGUGCUGUACCUGAGGGAUUGGUCCAGCUCGUGCACCCGGGCCGUGCCUGCCGAGGACUGCGGCUCGGCGGGCGGGCUCGGCACGGCCGGGUACCACGAGGGGGUGGGCGUGGUCGCAGCGCCGCACCUCGUCAACGCCACGCUGCUGCCUGACGUGCGUCAGGUAUGCAUGCAGAAUGUGUGUGUACCAGUAACACCAUACCUAUGCGCUGAUGUUAGUGAUGCAGCGGACUGCAGCAAACAUGACAACAUUUCGGUGCCUAUCAGAGAUGAAGACUCUGGAUCAUGCAUGAACAUCGUGAGGAAAGUGCGUUAUGUUUUGACCCACAAUGGCACGCAAGGAAUAGUUCACGUCGGUGCUUACUUUUCACUCACGGAUAUUCCGGUUUCGCAGCGCUUUGUGACGCAGACCUUCAGCGUAAGUUUCCGCUGGGAUCGAGAAGGAGAAGCUGCGCACAGACGUAGCGGACGUCGUGGCUACAUCGCAGGGAGACCAUUGCUCUUGGGUCGUAAAGUGGCCUGUCCAUCGCCUGACGGCCCGGAAGAGGAAAUUGAGGUUGUUGAAUUUGAAGACUCAAAUAGGUGGCUGACCAUCCCUAGAGCGAUGCCAGACGGCAAGUGCGACUCGAAGGAAAGGCAAGCAGUAACGUUCUUGGUCAAUCGACGGUCUCAGUGUGUUUUACCUCUCUCCAUUGCCAACUUCAGCUCUGAGGACGCGUGUCAAUCAGCGCAGAAACAACUACUGCAUUUGAUGAUUGGAAGUGCCUUGGACAACGUGACCGAUGAGAAAUCGUUCAAUCAGCAUGUGGGUGCAUUUGGGGAUUCCAACGUGGAAGUCCUUGGCGAGUGGACUCAAAUAGUGCUCGACAGUGUUCCAAGUUUGUCCACGAGAUCGUCCGGCCAGGAUAAGACUCUCGUUUGCCAUGACAUUGUUACAAACAUGCAAAUCGACGUUCUCGUGUCUUACGUUGGAAACGUGCUACACCCUCAGGCCAAGGUGAUUGGGGUGUUGAUGAAGUUAGGUGGGCCAAAGCUAGUAGUGUUCGAGUGUGUACUCCCCGACUGCACGAAUGUGUCCUUUAGUGAUCACAGCACCAUGGUGACGAGCUCCGUCAUGUUCACCGACAUUACAAGACAUGCAAUUGCUUACUUUGCGGAGCCACCCGUGGUUAAUAUUAGGCUGCCUAAUGAUUUCUUCUAUCCAUUUGUUUCGAGUGCAGUUAGAGCGGAAACAAACAGUUGCAGUUGUAUUAUUUUUGUGAUGAUAUUCUCACUUUCCUUUGUAGAAUGAUAAAUCUGCACAGUGCACUGCAAUUUCAGACCUUAGUGCUCAAAUCUGUGAUUCACAAACACUUGCAAAUUUCACCAAAAAAUAUUUUUAUAGUUUUAUACACAUUUUAACACAUCUUCCCUUCUUACACUUGCCAUAUAAAUGGGAGUUGUGAUUUCUUUAUAUUAUUGAAAAAAUUACAAUCUUAAAAUAUUUAAGGCUACUUAAAUUUGUUAUUUUUUGUUUAUGUUUUGUGUUGGUGGUCAAAUGAUGAAUGGUUUGUAGUAUUUUUGUUUGAAUUGUGGGUUUUGUGUGUAUUGUAAAUUUUGCACUGUCCAUCAUAUGUUGCAUGCUGUGUGUUAUUUAUGUUGUAUGUGUAAUUUUUUGUCCAAUAGCAAAUAAAAUUUGUUUGAUGGGAUUAUUUAACAGCACCUGCACAUCUGGGGUGUGAAUUCACUUGCAGGUUAUUGAAAAUAUUUAUUUUUAAAAGCAAUAAAAAGUGUUAAGUCAUUUAUCCAUUUAUGUAUUUGCAGCCUAUUUGCCUAAAACAAGAACUACACUAUGGAUGUAACAAAAAUACAGUAAACUCCCGGUAUACCGCGCCCCGAUAGAUCGCGGAAUCGGGUAUAUCGCGGGUCAAACCAUGUCCCCCAAUCAGAAAUUAAUAAUAAUAAUAAUAACACAGUAGAACCUCGUUAAUUCGUGAUGGUCGGGACCGAGAUAAUCACGGAUUACCGAAUUUCACGGACUAGCGAUUAAAGCCCGGAAGGUCUUGUCAAGCUUCUCAGAUACCGGCGUGCAGCUGGGUUAAGGCCAAGGUCAUGUGACGUAACAUCUACCGAGGCUUACUGCGCCAUGGCAGCAGAUGGAUAUAAAUAGUAAACUCUCCAUUAUUCGUGUUAAUUGGGACCCGCCGAUGCCCGGCUAAUUAAAAUCCUGUAAAAAAAAAAGUAAUAAACCCGGAUAAUCCGUUCACGGUAAAGACCGUCUUCGAAUUAGUCUCGGCUUAAAAAAAAUACGGCACUGCCUAGCCAUUAGUUCACGGUCAUUUACAACAGCCGAAGAGAGAAAGAUAAGAUCGUGCUGAACUUGCACACAUAAAUUUUGGGUAGCCCCCCCCUCCCUCUCAAUCUUCCCACUUCGUCCAGCCGAAUGCCAGCCAGACACGUCACUCGCCAGGCGCCUGCCGUGCGUUGGCGGGUGGAAACAAACAAAGGGAGACGGGAAGCAGAAGUCAAGACAUCCCCCUCAAGUUUAAAGAGUGACAAAUGUGACAGCUGAAAGGGGGACGACACAAAGGGUCGGUACAAACAGCGUUGCAGAGUUUGGCGGCCCAUGCGAAGGCUUGCAGUGUUUGCCGGCCGCCGGCCCGCGUGACGUUAAUUUUAAGCGCUGACAAUUUUUACUUCUCUUUUUUUUCUGCACUUUUAAAUCGUCCCGGAUUAUCCGAUUCCCGAAUUAGCGCGUCACGGAUUAACGAGUUUCUACUGUAAUAAUAAUGGAAUAAAUGAUUGACAGCCGAUUAGGAUAAUUUUGCGUUGUAACUCACAAACUAAGCAUCGGGCAGAAAAAAGCCUAGGCGUAGAAAAUGUCCGCAGUGAAAUUCUAAACAAGAUAUCUCCGUACAUUAUUCCUCUAUCUUGUAGUGUUUUCAAAUUAUGAUCCAAUCCAGACCAGUGUUAUUUUCUGAAACAUUAGUUCUUAACAUUUUUUUUAACCCACAAAUAAAGCAUCGGACAGGGGACCCGAUAAAGCCUACCGUCCAGCGACAUUAUCCAGCGUGACUCGGCUGGGGAUUGAUUUUGGAUAGGUUAGGUUGACGGCAAGCGCUUGGAGGGGAGAGGCGAGCCGAGAAUAUGCGACCAAGACACCCGGGUAGAGCGGUAGACGGGAGGAGUGGAAUAUAAGCGCCAGUGAUGAGAGGGGCGAUUAAGCCGAAAGGGGGGAAGUCUGGUGACCUUGAGUAGUUCACUCAUUUCCGUCUGCACACUUCUCGUGGUCACGUGUGUUAAGCGGAGACAUAUAAAUGUUUUGUUACAACUUGAACCUACAGACGUAAUAUUAUUCGUUGUAUUAUACACGUUCAUCUUUUUACUUUGGUAUAAUGUUUUAACAUUAAAUAAUAAAGUAAAUCAGCUAGCGUAAUUUUAAUCUUUGCCGAGGAAUUCCCAGUGGUCCAAUACUUACGUGAACCAUACUGUACCACUUUUGCCGUGAGGUAGUAAACAAGCCCCGGAUAUGUUUAUGUGUAGCGGCCUCCCGACCUUUAACCAGAGGCUGGGGAAUAUAACACUUGCCGAUCCGAGCCACACACACUCAGCAACUCGACAAAGCGUUUGAUGGAAUAAGUAAAGACAACGUUUAACAGACUUUUUAAUACGGCGCCACUGAUUGCGCUAAAAUUAUUUUGGCGCAAUUUUUGUAUCCCACAUGUGACCAUUUAUAAUUUACUAUAAGCAUGGAUAACAAAGUUUAACCACUUUACACGAUAGACGAUUCUUUAUUUUAUAUUGUACGAAUGC